CAGAAAGAUGUCUUAUCAACAGCAGCAGUGCAAGCAGCCCUGCCAGCCACCUCCUGUGUGCCCACCCCCAAAGGUCCCUGAGCCCUGCCCACCCCCAAAGUGCCCUGAGCCCUGCCCACCCCCAAAGUGCCCUGAGCCCUGCCCAUCCCCAAAGGUGCCUGAGCCCUGCCCACCUGUGCAGUGCCAGCAGAAGUGCCCUCCUGUGCAGCCUCCUGCUCCUUGCCAGCAGAAGUGUCCACCCAAGAGCAAGUAA